CAGUCAGGGGGAAACUUCGGGCGGACAGUUCCGCCUUUCUCUCCUCCCUUUCCCGGUUGCUGCCGCCUGCUUGAGUCGCUCCUGUGGCGGCGGCAACAGCAAGCAGCAUGGCGGCUGUAGAGCCCCGAGUGUGUGAGACGGCGGGUUGCAGCAGCGAGGCCAAGCUGCAGUGCCCAACCUGCAUCAAGCUGGGCAUCCAAGGCUCUUAUUUCUGCUCGCAGGAGUGUUUUAAGGGAAGCUGGGCUACGCACAAGUUGCUACACAAGAAAGCAAAGGAUGAAAAAGCUAAGCGGGAGGUUUCUGCCUGGACUGUAGAUAGUGACAUUAAUACAGAUCCCUGGGCUGGCUAUCGAUAUACUGGUAAACUCAGGCCGCAUUAUCCACUGAUGCCUACAAGACCUGUGCCAAGUUACAUUCAAAGGCCGGAUUAUGCUGAUCACCCACUAGGUAUGUCUGAAUCGGAACAGGCCCUUAAAGGAACGUCUCAGAUAAAGAUUCUUUCUUCAGAAGAUAUAGAAGGGAUGCGAGUAGUGUGUAGGCUUGCUAGAGAAGUAUUAGAUGUUGCUGCCAUGAUGGUGAAGCCAGGUGUAACUACUGAAGAAAUAGACCAUGCUGUUCAUCUAGCUUGCAUUGCUAGAAAUUGCUAUCCUUCCCCACUGAAUUAUUAUAAUUUUCCUAAGUCUUGCUGUACAUCAGUCAAUGAAGUGAUCUGCCAUGGAAUUCCAGACAGGCGACGCUUACAAGAGGGUGAUAUUGUUAAUGUGGACAUUACUGUUUAUCGUAAUGGUUAUCAUGGAGAUCUCAAUGAGACAUUUUAUGUUGGGGAAAUCGAUGAGAGUGCAAAGAGACUAGUCCAGACAACAUACGAGUGCCUAAUGCAAGCAAUUGAUGCGGUAAAACCUGGCGUUCGAUAUAGGGAGUUGGGAAAUAUUAUACAGAAGCAUGCUCAAGCCAAUGGAUUUUCUGUAGUUCGGAGCUACUGUGGCCAUGGGAUCCAUAAGCUUUUUCACACUGCUCCCAAUGUGCCACAUUAUGCCAAAAAUAAGGCUGUUGGAGUAAUGAAGCCUGGCCAUGCGUUUACAAUAGAACCAAUGAUCUGUGAAGGUGGAUGGCAAGAUGAAACCUGGCCCGAUGGCUGGACUGCAGUGACACGAGAUGGCAAGCGGUCUGCCCAAUUUGAACACACACUUCUGGUCACGGAUACUGGGUGCGACAUCUUAACCCGGCGGUUGGAUAGCAUUCGCCCUCAUUUCAUGACCCAGUGCUAGUGUAGACCAAGCUGAGAGGCCUGAGCCAAGCAUCUCUGUGACUCUGUACUAUGCAUUUUACUAAACGUACAGGCUAAAGGGGGGAUUUUAUCACCUGUUUUUCUUCUCAUUGACUGUAGGUAAGAGAUGCAGCCUUGCAUUUUACCACUUGGAAGAGCUUGAUGCAGAAGUUUGAAAAGCAGAGAGGUUUUAGAGCAUUAUCUCUGCUCUCCUGUACCCUGACAUUGUUCGAAUUUUUUUUAAAAAUGCAUUGCCCUUAUGGUACUCCAUUCCUCCUCCCCCCCCCCAAAAAAGCUGAGCUUCUGUCACUGCCACUGUUCUCAGCUGGCACACACAGCUUUUCAUGGUGGAUACAAGGUUUAAAAAAAGAAAAGCCUUUCUGCUUUUUACAAGUGUCACUUGUGAUUUUAAACUGUUCUUGUUCCAAAGGCAACCCCUGUUUAGCUGUCACUGAAAAGGCAGUUUUAAUGGGCUGGGCUUUCAUCUGUGUAUAAUUCAGAGGUGGAAUUUUCUACUAGAAAGUGUUAAUCUGGUAGUCAUGUCUACUUUUGCAAUUUUGUUCUGUCUGCCCCUCUUCCACUAUGUUGUAACUGUAUAUGAAAGUAUAGCAUCUGCCUGUUAACUGAUGGGCCUGUUUCUCUUUGGCUGGCAAUUGGUACUGGUAGUUCUCUGUCUAAGGGGGUCAGGGGACAAAAAUCACUGAGAUUCUGCCCCCUAUAAGCUUUUACCAAAGCACAGCCUUAAGAUGGGUAGUGCUCAACACCCAAUGAUGUUCCAGUGUUCUCUUGAAGAAACUAAUUUUUACACUUAGAUAACGACAUUGAAAUAUAAAGAGUUUCUGUUCUCCUGUGUGUAUUCUAAAGAAAGGCAUGCCCCAGCAGUCCAAGGCCAAUCUCACUCUGUUAGUUUUUUAGCUUCUUCCAAUCUAUGGUGACUUUGUGUGUCAUUAUGGCCAAGAGGUUGUCUGCCAUGGAGAACACUUGGGGUCAGUAUGGAAUAUUUUAGAAUUGGUGGCAUGCAACUGGCAGGAGCUGGAUCGGUGCUCCUGUGUUUGGAUUGCUACUUUCAUUAUAGAUAGUCCCAGUCCAGGGUGAUGAAAAAAACCUCGCUGCAGAUUGGAGGAAAGAGCAUUCACCAGUAGUCAUGAGAAUUUGUCUGUACCAGUCUUCAGUGUUGGGUCCCCACAUGUUGGACUACAGUUCUUGUAAUUUUCUGCCACCUUAGCUACUAGUCAAGGAUGGGAGCUGUAGCCCAGCAACAUCUAGUAUCCAGGGUUGAAGAACACUCUUGGCUAUAAUAAAGAGAACAAGAUACUGAUUCUGCAUGGAUUUACGUUAGUCCAAAUCACCUUUCUCUUGGAUGUUUCAUUAAAGCAAAUUGUUUUAGGCAAAGAUAAUGCCCUUAGAAGAAGCAAAAAUUGGAUAACUGGAAAUUGCUAGUACAUAAAGGUCCUUGGAUCAGCUCACAGCACGGGCAGUUGUAGUAUAAUUUCUCCUCCCACUUUUUUCAGCAAUGACUUUGUAAUACAUAUCUGGAAGGUAGUACUACUUACUGCUCUUGAUGUUAGGGAGGAUAGUUUUGUUGGCCUUUGGCCCUUACCUUCUAGUCCUCCAUUCUGUAGGAAAAGGGGCUUUUUCAACCCAUGUUCAAGCCUAGUUCCUGCUUUAUCCUUACAAUGUUGGAGUGCAGAAAUAGUGAGCUAGUGAAUACUAAUCGGGUUAUAAAAUCAUGGGCAUAAUAUGCACAUUUCUAUUCAGUGAUGGACAUCUUGUCAGAAUUACAAGGAGUUUAAAGGCCCUGGCUCCUAUCAACACCAACAGCACACAACUCCACCAGUUCCGUAGAGAACUAGUGCGGUUGUCACGAAACAAAAUGGAAAUGGAAAGGAACAUCUUUCCCAGAGUGCCUCAGAACUUUUUUUUUUUUUUGCUGAAAUUGUAUUGUUGGAACGUUUUCAUUCUGUAAUAUGUUUAGAGACAGUAAAGUGACUCGUUGUUACAAGCACUUAAGUGCAUGUGCAGAGAUUUUAACAAAACAGGCUGCAGUACCUUGAGUGAAGUUAACCUAUGUAUGCAAUAAAUUUAAGGAGGAGAUUAAGAGUCCUCUAUUCUGCCCAUUA